GUUAGAAUAGGAAAAAUGGCAGGAGUUCCUCUAACAAACCUUACCCCCAAUCUCCUUGUUUCCAAGCUCUGUUUUGGAACAAUGACAUUUGGUGAGCAAAAUUCAUUAUCUCAAUCCUUCAAUCUUUUAGAUAAAGCUUUCGAUUCCGGUAUCAAUUUCUUCGAUUCCGCUGAAAUGUAUCCGGUGCCACAACGUGCAGAAACUCAAGGACAAAGCGAAGAAUACUUCGGUCGAUGGCUUCGAGAGCGAAACAUACCUCGUGAUCAUGUCGUUUUUGCCACCAAGGUUAGUGGUCCUUCAGGGCAAAUGACUUGGAUUCGAGGUGGUCCAACGAGGUUAGAUAGCAGGAAUAUAACAGAGGCUAUAGACAACAGUUUGCUGCGAUCACAGACUGAUUAUAUUGAUCUUUAUCAAGUGCACUGGCCUGAUCGCUAUGUUCCGAUGUUUGGAGAAAUUGAUUACGAUCCUGCCAGACAAUUUAAUUCUGUUAGUUUUGAUGAGCAGCUGGAUGCUCUAGGAAGAGCAGUUGAUGCUGGAAAGAUCAGAUAUAUUGGAGUCAGUAAUGAAACACCAUAUGGGGUCAUGAAGUUCUUACAAGCAGCUGAGAAAAACCCCACAUAUCCAAGGAUAGUGUCUAUUCAGAACUCGUACAAUUUACUAUGCCGAAAUUUUGAUUCAGGAUUGGCAGAGUGCUGUCAUUUGGAGAGCGUAAGAUUAUUGGCUUAUAGCCCUUUGGCAAUGGGUGUUCUUUCUGGAAAGUAUCUGUUAUCUCAUGGUGGAGCAGAUGAUGCCCGUUUGAAUCUUUUCAAAGGCAGGUAUUCAGAAGGGGAAUCCAGAUACAACCUUUCAAAUCCCACCAUUAGAGAUGCUACUAAAGCUUACAUUUCUAUUGCAGAGCGUUAUGGUAUCCAUCCGGUAUCUCUUGCCAUCGCCUUUGUAUUGAGACACCCUCUUGUGAGCAGUGCCAUUUUCGGAGCUACAAAGUUAUGGCAACUUGAAGAGGUUGUAAAUGCAUGUGAUGUAAAACUUACUCCAGAAAUCAUUGCACACAUAGAUGAAAUUCAUUCAAGGUUUCCUAAUCCUUGCUCUUGAGUGAACAUUGAUAAUUUUUGUAAUUUGACCUCAACAAGCUUUUGACAAUUUUGUACUUGUAAUUAAA